AGGCCAUGGUACCAGCUGCUAGAGUGUGAAUAGUUUCAUCAUUUGGAAAAUCAUUUAGAAUGGAGAUUUUUUUUUGAUCGGAAGACACCCUUGAGAUUACUCGAAGAAUUUUGGGAUGAUGGCAGGAAAUUAAGGAAAUGGAUGAUUUUUGGAAGUGUAAUGUGUGAGAAAAUUGCUCGAUUGGCUCAUCUAUAGCACUUUGCAUGUCCUGCUGAAGACACGCAUGGCAUUUGGGUUGCAAAGGGUGUGUUUUCUCUCGGCAGUCGGUCGAAAGGUCUCAGUCUCUUGUGUACAGUGAGAAUGGUGAGAAUUAUAUAAUUCCUUUGUUGGUUUUCUUAUCAAUACAAGAGUUCUAGUGUACCAAGUUUUUUGGUUCUUCUUCAACACUCUACAUCUUUGAACAUUCUGCAGAAGACAGAGGCGAAGGAUAGAAUAAUUCAUUUUUCUUGAUCAUCAAAACUCGGGACAAGCUGGCUGAAUUUGUGUGGGGAAGUGACGUGAAAUUGGAUACAUACAGAAUGUCAUCCCUACAGAGUCCUUCGUUAUCAGAUGAAGAGAGAGACGAAUACUCCGAUGGAUCUGUUCGCCUACGAAACCCUAAUAUUGAAUUAAUGGACCAAGACAUCCUUUAUCAUUUGGCCCUGGGGAGUGGUAGUCAUGAUCUUCAGGAAAUGUUUGGUGAUGUCAAGUUUGUCUGCAUGGGUGGUACACCGAAGCGAAUGGAGAAUUUUGCUCAUUACAUCAUGUCUGAAAUUGGUUACAAAUUGCCACCGGGAACUCAAUUGCAGGACAUUAGUGCAUUCUCUUAUCGGUAUUCCAUGUACAAAGUGGGUCCUGUGCUGUCUGUGAGCCAUGGAAUGGGAGUACCAUCGAUUGGGAUCCUGCUUCAUGAGAUUAUCAAGCUCAUGUACCAUGCCAAGUGCAAGGAUCCAAUCUUUAUCCGUAUCGGAACUUGUGGUGGAAUUGGAGUUGAGGGUGGAACUGUUGUAAUCACCGAUGAUGCUGUUGAUGGUUUGCUGAGGAGUACAUAUGAGAUGACAAUUCUGGGAAAGAUUGUGCAGCGACCAGCAAAAUUAGAUAAGAAAUUGGUGCGCGACUUCAAGACUCUGGCUGAUGUUGAGGAUCCCUAUGACACAGUCGUGGGCAAGACAAUGUGCACAAAUGACUUUUAUGAGGGUCAGGGACGUCUCGAUGGUGCAUUCUGUGAUUUUACCGAGAAUGAGAAGAUGGAGUAUUUGGAGAAGUUGCGUGACUUUGGUGUGGUAAAUAUAGAAAUGGAGUGCACAACAUUUGCAGCAUUGACUCACUACGCGGGCAUUCGAGCGGCAAUUGUCUGUGUCACACUGUUGGAUAGGCUCAAGGGAGAUCAAGUGAAUACGCCGAAGGAAGUGAUGAACGAGUGGCAGGUCAGACCACAAAUUCUCGUAUCGCGUUUCAUACGAAAACACUUGGCACAGCAGGGAAAAUUGAAGUCCCUCAUGCAGCAGCACGGAUCAAUACGGUCUCCGCGACGCUUUAAGCUGGUCCAGCAGGAGUCUGAGGCCCAUGAGUAAAGAGAAAUAGAACAUACAACAAUACCCGAAAGAUCAGGGCCAACGUGAACCCAGCACAGGACGGAGAAAGUAUGAAGAAAAGAAUGUAGGUGAAGGGAAUUGGAGCAUUUUCAUAAUAUUGAUUUUCCUCCAUGAAGCCUCCCCUCACAUUUUGUAUGGCGUCACGUAACGAUUUUUUGGGGGGUAAGUUGCUGAAGGAAUUUUUUGAAUUUCAUUUUCUCUACAUCCCAACUCGCAUCAUUCCAAGAAUAUUGUUAUAUAAUUUUAUUGCCAAACAACAACCCUCUCAGCUGAAACGGGUUAUUUGCUAACUGCCUAAGAAUUUUCAAAGUUGCGAGAAAGUGGUGUGAUUGAUAGAGAGAAAGGAUAAUAUGUUAUUUAAUAUAUACACCACAAACUAUAUUGGCCAUAAUAUUCUGACAAUAUUUUCACACAAUCUGUGGAAUAUAUUUAAAAAAAAAAUGAACAAUCACGAUGUGAAAUGGCUCUAAAAAAAAGUAUCUUAAUAUGCAUUUUAUAUAUUAAUUUAUUGAAAAGAAUCCACUUGAAGAUUGGCAAAGUAUAAAAAGAGACAGUUAAAACACUCUAACAAACAACGAUAAAGAUGCUUUUACAUAAAAAAAAAGAAAAA